GUCGUUUCAGUGCGACACAUCUAGCUGUCGGAUCUGCGGACAGUCACGUCGUGUGUACCUGUGUGCUUCUGAGCAAUAUUAGUGGUCAUGGCAGACCUUGGAUUGAAAGAGGGGGAUAAAGUGCUGUUGAUAUGGAGUCAUCCAUCCUCCCCUACAGCUCUAAAGGAGUUUGCAGAGCAAAUUGGGAGUGUUGUUGGCAAUCAGAGCUUGGUGGCGCUUGAGAACAUGGACAGGAUUCAGAUAUCAUCUCUGGCAGCUUCGAGUUAUGACUGGAUUCUCUCUGCACUUCUUCCUGACAACAUUUCAGUUCACAGCUCUGAGACUCUGGCCGAGAUUGCCCGACUGCUGAAGCCGGGUGGGAAACUGGUGCUGGAGGAACCUGUUACAGGUUUGGAGGAGAGUAAUGGCUUUAGGUCUGCUGGUAAACUGAUGUCCGCUCUCAAACUAUCCGGUCUGGUGUCUGUAACAGAGGUAAAGAGUGAAGCUUUGAGCCCUGAUGCUCUCAGUCAGAUCACUGGAUUACAAGGAAACUCUUUGUCACGGGUGCGGGUUUCAGCCUUAAAACCCAACUUUGAGGUUGGAUCUUCUACUCAGCUCAAACUAUCCUUUGGCAAGAAAACAUCCAAAACAGAGAAGCCAGCACUCGAUCCAAGUGCUGCCAAGCUGUGGACACUUUCAGCUAAUGACAUGAACGAUGAUGAUCUGGACCUGGUGGACUCCGAUACGCUGCUGGAUGCUGAAGAUCUGAAGAAACCCGACCCAGCUUCACUCAAAGCUGCUUGUGGAGAAGCAGGAGCUAAAAAAAAAGCCUGCAAAAAUUGCACGUGUGGUCUCGCAGAGGAGCUCGAACAAGAGAGCAAAGUGGCUCAGAAAGCCUCUCAGCCCAAAUCUGCCUGUGGAAACUGUUAUUUAGGAGACGCCUUCCGCUGUGCCAGCUGUCCAUAUGUAGGCAUGCCUGCAUUCAAACCAGGAGAGAAGGUUCUACUGGCCAACACAGAGAUUGCCGAUACAUAAACAAUUCCACUUUACUUUCCUAAAGUGAUUAACAUUCAGUCCAGUCUAUUUUUGUUACCUGUGGAUUCUCACAUCAGAAAGAAGGAGAAAUGACCAUUAAAAGUACUGCAGUCUGUGAAGUUGCUGAACUUCUGCAUCGAACCAUUCAAAUUUAAUUACAUGAUUCCUUAUUCAUGUGUGUUACUGCCCUAAUGAAGCAAUUUGAUCAGAAUAUUGUGAUCUUUUAUUCAUGUUUUUUUGACCAUGUGUAUGUUGCUCCAUGUGAUAUAGAACAUUGAUUAAGCAAAAAUAAAAAUCUUAAUUAUU